AUGGGCCAAAACAACAAUGUCACAGAAUUUGUCCUGCUGGGAUUCACUGAGGAUCCUGCUGGGAAAAAGGCAUUGUUUGUUAUGUUUUUACUCAUCUACAUUGUGACAAUGGUGGGAAACCUCCUCAUUGUGGUUACAGUGAUUAUCAGCCCCGCCUUGGGCACCCCAAUGUACUUCUUCCUUGCCUCUCUGUCUCUUAUGGAUGCUGUUUAUUCCACUGCCAUCUCACCCAAGUUGAUUGCAGAUUUGCUCCGUGACAAGAAGACCAUCUCUUUCACAGCUUGCAUAAGCCAGCUCUUUAUAGAGCACUUAUUUGGUGGUGUUGAUAUUGUCAUUCUGGUGGCAAUGGCCUAUGAUCGGUAUGUGGCCAUCUGUAAACCCCUGCAUUAUCUGAUUAUCAUGAAUCGACGUGUAUGUAUCCUUUUCUUAGUGAUGGCAUGGGCAGGAGGAUUUGCACAUGCUAUGUUUCAAGUUCUUGUUGUAUGUAAACUCCCUUUCUGUGGUCCCAAUAUCAUUGACCAUUUUUGCUGUGACACAUACCCACUAUUGCUACUUGCAUGCACUGACACCUACUCCAUUGGCCUCUCUGCCACUGUAAAUAAUGGGGCCAUGUGUAUAGUGAUCUUCAUCCUCCUGCUACUCUCCUAUGGAAUCAUCUUAAGAUCUCUCAAGAAUCACAGUCAGGAAGGGAGACGCAAAGCUCUGUUUACCUGCAGUUCCCAUAUCAAGCAUUUACACCAAUAG